AUGCUGCAGGCCGCAUUUCUCGUGUUUGAUGGAGUAGAUGUAUUGGACUUUGCUGGUCCGCUUGAAAUCUUUUCACAUGCCAAUCACAGCAUGAACCAUUCCGUUCCAGAUCCAGCGUUUGAGCUCACAAUCAUCGGGCGAAAUGAAAAAAUCUCGACAAGUGCAUCCCUUCAGAUUAGUCCAGGCAUCACCCUAGCCACUGCACGCUCCAAACUGAAGGAUUUUGAUGUUCUGGUGGUGCCCGGCGGACCGCCAGACAUCAUCUCCUCCUUAGUUAAGAGCGAGUCGGAGGAAUUCCAGUUCGUGAGGGAUUUUGGAUUCCAGGCGCCCAGAGAGGGUAAAACACCACGGACUAUUCUCUCCAUCUGUACAGGAGCUCUCUUUCUAGGUGCUUCUGGUUUGCUGGAUGGCAUCAAGGCCACCACUCAUCACCUCUUUCUCGAUGAACUCCGAACGCUCUGUGAGACAAAGGGAAAAACCGAGGUUAUCCAUGCUAGAUAUGUGGAUGGCGGCAUGAGAGAAAACAAUAUACAAAUCAUCACAGGUGGCGGAGUCUCAUCUGGCCUGGAUUCGGCUUGUUAUUUUGUUUCGAGGACAUUCUCUCCUGAGAUGGCAUCCUUCGCAGCGAAAAUGACGGAGUUCAACUGGAACGAGCAGUAA